AGCGGGCGCGUUGCUGUGGAGACGGGCUGGGCCAAUAGAGUGGGCUGCCGCGCGCCGAGACGACCCUACUUUUCGGCCAGGACUGCUGUGGCCCUAGCGAUCACGCGGGGCGCGUUACCGGAGACCUUCGUCCGAAGCUUCGGGCGUGGUUGCUUCCUGAACGAACCUGCCCUCCCGCCCGCGGGAGAGAGGUAAGACCAUAUGGGUCUUGACACCCAGUAGAUGAGAAAGACCAUUCCAACGCCAACUUCCCAGGAAACCUAUCUGGUUCUACCGUGGAAGUGGCGCCUCACUUCUGUCAACCCUUGGACUUUGUUUCUCGUUUAUAACCCAGUAUUAACAGACGCCUUUCGGUGUUUGCCGACUUUUCCCACGCAAAAUGAGGCCAUAAAGACUGGCUUUCGGACCUCGCUUUGUGACCCUAGUUUUCCAUGGACACAGCCUAACAGAAAGAUGCAGCUUUUAUGCCUCACUGGACACUGACCCACCGGCCUGAUGACAGCACCCCCGUGUACCUUCCCGGUUCAGUUCCGGCAGCCCUCGGUCAGCGGCCUGUCUCAGAUCACCAGCAGCCUGUAUAUCAGCAGUGGGGUGGCUGCCAACAACAAGCUCAUGCUCUCCAGCAACCAGAUCACCACGGUCAUCAACGUCUCAGUGGAGGUGGUGAACACCUUAUAUGAGGACAUCCAGUAUGUACAGGUACCUGUGGCUGACACCCCCAUCUCACGUCUCUGUGACUUCUUUGACCCCAUUGCUGAUCAUAUUCACAGUGUGGAGAUGAAGCAGGGCCGCACGCUGCUCCACUGCGCAGCUGGCGUGAGCCGCUCAGCUGCCCUCUGCCUUGCCUACCUCAUGAAAUACCACUCCAUGUCCUUGCUGGAUGCCCACACAUGGACCAAGUCGUGCCGGCCUAUCAUCCGGCCCAACAACGGCUUUUGGGAACAGCUCAUCCACUAUGAGUUCCAGCUAUUUGGCAAGAACAGUGUGCACAUGGUCAACUCCCCUAUGGGAGUGAUCCCUGACAUCUACGAGAAGGAGGUCCAUUUAAUGAUUCCAGUGUGAGCCAUGCCACCAGCACCUACACUGGGGUCAGAGGUGCAGAUCUGCUGUUGAUCCUACACCAACAUCUGAAGUUAAACAUUUUACUUUUAUGAUCCAGAAAAAAAAAACCAGGUGAUGCUUUUUAUAAGAGCCAAGAAAAAAGGAAAGGUGCUGUAGAUUUUAACCUUGUAAUCCAUCUCUUUAAAGAUUAAACUCACUAAAUGUAAGAUGGUGAAGAUAAGUUUCUUACCCUGUGAAUGACAAGUCAUGGCUGCUGGCCAGAGGGGAGAGUAAGUGAGGCAGAUAGUGCCCAGGUCAAACAGACCAGUGCCCAAAGUAACUGGUAAGUCCAGAAUCUUGUGGCCCUCUCCUAAGCCACUAACCCAAGAAUGGGUCUGCCACAAUCCUACCUUGUUCUUUCAAACCCAAAACCAGAGCCUUAUACAUCAUGGCACUUCUUCAUUUCUCACAGUAAGUGCCAACCCACUGGAUAAGUGACCUUCGGUGUGCUCUGGGAGCCCAGGCCACCCCUGCUUCCACCUUCAACCACAGGGGCCCAACUCUGGUUUCUAGAUUGGAUUUAUGCAUAUUUUUCAGUGAAUGCAUUCUACUGUAUAAAUUUAUGAAAAACUUUUUUUGAGUGCUAUUGUACAUGGCAAGGUCUCAAAGUGCCCUUGGCCGCCCCCCACCAACCUUUGAUGGAAAGUGACAUUAGUUUCCUCCAGGGCACCCUUGGAGAGAAGGCCUGACACAAGGAAGGCCUCAGGGGCUCCUCUCACAGGCCUUGAUUCAGAAGGCUGGAGCUGCAGACUGGAACCUAGCUUUGUCACCUCCCCAUGUGAUCUGGGACCUAUUGGAGCCUCAGUUUCCUCAUCUGUCCAAGCAAGGAUAGCCCUUUUCUCACAGGGUUGUCAUUCAAGAUUCGAUGAUUCCUUAGCACGGUUCCUGGCACCUGACAGGUGCUCAGUGUAACCAGCAGCUCUUGUGGAUAAUGCUCUGGUCCUGCUGGCCUGAGUCAGCACAGUCAUCCUUGUAGUGGCAUUUCUCCCACCUCUGCACAGCCUUUUACUGUUUACAAAGUGUUCUUCCAAAAAGUCAUCCUUUGUGAGAAAAAAAAUGGUUUGAGUCCUUUCAGAUCCUACCUUAGAGGAGGCCUAGACUUCAGAGCCUUAGCAGAGUUCCCACUGUAUUUAAUCCAUCUGCAACCUGGGGCCCUAAAACCAGGAGCACACUUCCAACUUCUCCCUAAAGGCCUUGUUUAGAUCACUGAACAUGAGAGCCAGCGUCCUGGUCUGGCUCAACUCCACUGGGGUCCACAGAGGUACAUGCCAAAGGGACAAGUGAGUGGGCCCCGCCAAUAGGCCCUGAAAUCCAGGACUAUUCAAACCUCCCAGGGGCCUGAGGAUCUGGCUCAAGACCAGCCAUUCUAUCUAAUACAGAGGUUUUCAGAUAAUAUAUAAGAUAGACAAAAGCACAACUGCUCUGUGGGUCUAGAACUCGGUGCCAGCCAAAUGCUCUUUAUCUCCAAACCUACCCACCCCCAACUUCCACAGCAAGCAUGCCCAGGCGUGAAAAUCGAGGAUGGUGGGGAGAAGGAAAAUUACGUUUCUAGACUGAUCUCAUUUUACAGUAUAAACAGACCCACACACACCAGGACUGGCAUGGCAGAAUCCUCAUAAAGCAGCCUUCCUGGAAGAAACCCAGAUGGAAAAUUUCUUUUAAAGCAUUUUUAAAGAGAAAUUUAUUUGGAUAUAUUUUAUUUCCAUUUUUUAAAAUUUUAAAUUAACAUAUCAUAAAAGUAACUUUUUUAUAUGUACAGUUCUGUGUAUUUAAACACAUUUGUCUACUUCCACAGUCAGGACACAGUUCCAUCACCCUCCAAAUCCCCUUAUGCUGCUGCCCCUUUGUAUUCAAACCUUCACGCCACCCCAGCCCCUGGCAAACACUGAUCUGUUUGUUCUCUGUCCCUAUGGAUUUGCCUUUUCCGGAAUGUCACAUAUAUAGACUCAUAAAGGAUAUAACAUCUGGAAGCUGGCUUUUUCCAGUGUAACAUCUUUGAGAUUCACACAUGUUGCUUUUUAUAGCUAAGUAGUAGUCCAUCGUAUGGAUAUAUCAGAAUUUGUUUUAUAUUUACCCGUUGAAGAAUAUUUGGCCGUCCAGUCUGAGGCAAUUUUGAAUAAAACUGCUGUAAACAUUUAUGUAUAGGUUUUUAUGUGAACUUAGGAGUGGGGAUUGAUCAGUCACAUGGUAAAGAGUAUGUUUAACUUUACAAAAAGCUACCAAACUUCCAGAGUGGCUAUACUGUUUUUCUGUUCCACUAUGAAAGACCCAGUUUCUCUGUAUCCUCGACAGUAUUUGGUACUGCCAAUAUUUUUUAUUUUAGCCAUUCUGA